CCUAGAAAGCGGUGAUGUGGCGAGCGACUAUUGGACUGGUCCACUGGGCCUGGUCCAUCUGACGAUCAGACCCCUCUCCCUCUCCCCCUUCUCCUCCAUUCAUCUGGCUUGCGGUGGAUAGCGGGGCUGAACUGCAGAGCUCGUAGAGCUUGCGAAGCUUAAAAAAUCAAGGCAGAAAUUUAGAGUUCACGAGAAUGAUUGUAGUGAAUACAUUGCUGAGACACGGGACUGCUUUUCUGUGGAGCCAUCAGUUGUUAUCGUCGCAUCAAGGGAGGAAGUCUAAUGUCCUCUUUUCUACAAGGAAAUCUCUGCCUGCUAACGUGUGCAGUGGUUUUGGGCUACAAUUUAGAGCCUUUGCAUUAAGGAAAUCUGAGAAGAAAGAAAGAAACUAUUUGAAGUUAUCCAAGACUAAAAGUAAAACUUUGCAGCAAAGUAAACAACUUUCUUCAGAAGACACUGUGGAUUUGUCGGAUAAGAUUCUAACAAGAGAUGACAAUACUUGUGACACUAGUGUUGAAUUAAUUAGCAGUAACUUGAAUGAAAAUGAUCUAACUGCACGCCGUACUAGAGGUGCCGUUCUUCAAGCUUGCAUUGUCAGCUCUGGCCUGAUACUUGCUUUGGGUGCAAUAAUUCGACAGGCCUCCCAUGUUGCAUCUAUGGAAGGGUGGGCAAUUUUUGACUCCUAUACGGAAGUAUCAUUUGGUUUUGAGACGUGGCAUAUUGAAUUAAUCAUAGGAUUGGUUAUAUUGAUAUCAUCUUGCCGAUACAUGCUAUUGAGGAUAUGGCCAGAUUUUUCAGAAUCCAGCAAAGCUGCCAACCAACAAAUCCUUGGUCCGCUACAGCCUUUGGAUUAUGUUAUUGUGGCAUUUCUGCCUGGGAUCAGUGAGGAGCUGCUUUUCCGUGGGGCACUGCUGCCACUCUUUGGCCUUAACUGGAAAAGUGCCCUGGCAAUUGGUGCUAUUUUUGGAGGUCUUCACUUGGGCAGUGGCCGAAGAUAUUCUUAUGCAGUCUGGGCGACAUUUGUUGGCCUUGCCUAUGGUGUAGCAACAAUUAUUUCCUCAAAUGUUGUGGUUGCAAUGAUCUCGCAUUCGUUAAACAAUCUUAUAGGAGGCCUCCUAUGGCGCCUCACAUCCACUCCACAGGAGAAAAAUGAAUAAUUAUAUCAUUCCUGACCUAAGCAUUGAUCAUAACAGGAGGAUCCACAGGACCAUGCAUGAUGGUGGAGCAAAAUUGACGGAUGAGUAUAUUGUUACACAGGAUCUGCCUGAUAUGAGCGAAAAAUAACGUGCUGGAAUGUUUUCAUUGUUUGUUGUAAAAUUGAUGCAACAAAUUGAUCUGCAUGUAUCUGUACCAUCUGUAUAUACAUCUAGCAUAUGCACCACCUGUAGACUACAACUAUGAAAACCUAGUCCCUUGUUCCUUUCUUUUUGAAUCUCAUAAAACAUGACCUACAGGGCUGCCACAGUGCAAGCUCGAAAAACUUGCUGAGUUAAACUGCCUCUACUCAUGAUAUUGAUUGGAAAACUCCUGUUAUGUAACUGGCUUAACGGAUGAGUAUAUGAUGUUAUCUAUCAAUUAGAACUGAAUUAUAGCU